AAUCCAAUUAGCUUUCGUUAUCGACAAGAGUUAAUGAAUCGGCCUAGUCGGUGCUCGGUGUUAUUUCGUCGUAUUUUGGCAAUUGGAAUGAAUGUCACGACACAGGAUGAGAAGAAUCAGACUGUGCGUAGACGGAUGCUCGAUCUGCACGACGUCCAUGUGGGAAAAGUACCGCAUGACUCGCCAUGGUUGAGAAACGUCCGUCUACAAUAUUCGCAAGACGGCCAGCGUAAGGAGUGGGACGUGAUAAGAAUCCACGACAGCGUGUGUAUAAUUAUCUUCAAUGUAAGUCGAAAAAGGCUCGUGUUUGUCAGGCAAUUUCGACCAGCAGUAUAUUACGCGUUUCUACCGGAGAAGCAAGACGUGAUCGAUGUCAAACGUUAUCCCGCGACACUCGGAGUGACCUUGGAGCUCUGCGCUGGUAUCGUGGAUAAGGACAAGCCUCUCGUCGAGAUCGCCAGGGAAGAAUUAAGAGAAGAGUGCGGCUAUGAAGCACCCACUUCGGCGUUUAAGCAAAUCUCCACCUAUUUAUCCAGUGCUUCUGCUAGUGCAAAGCAAACCCUUUUCUACGUAGAAGUCACAGAUGAUAUGCAUAUAUAUCCUGGUGGUGGUGCUGAGUCUGAAGGUGAACUUAUAGAAGUAGUGGAAUUGAGCAUUCCAGAACUAAGAGACUACAUGAAAUCCAAGGAAAUACAAAGCCCAUCCAGCUUCCUCUUUGGUGUGUCUUGGUUUCUAUUUAAUAAAUCUGAAUACUGUUCAUAGAUUAAAACUAAAGGUCAUUCUGCUAUCUAAAAUAAAAUAAAGCAGUACAAAUUAGUUACAAAUAAAAAAAAAAUUGAUUCUGAAAAUUACACCUUUCUAAAUUAAUUACAAUUUUAACUUUCUAAAUUAAUUAUAAUUAAAAUCAGUAUCGUUCAACCGCGUUUAUUUACAAAUAGAGCAUUUAUACACAAGUAAUUAUGGGAUAGUUGCAUAAUUAAAGUUACGCAAAAUUUUACAAGCACUGACAUUCAAUUAAUAUUCAGUUCAUCUUUUGUAAAUUGAGAGCUAACCCAUGCAAGACCCCAUUUUAAAUUUGUUAAUAGGAACUUUAAGGCCUUAGUCCAUUGUUCUUCCGAAUUGAAUUGUAUCCU